CACCGGCGGACCACGUCAAAAGCGAAGGGGAGGAAAGAGGGUUGCGCGGGAGCGCUGUAAUGAUUACAUUAAUUUACAAACUGGGCAUUUACUGGCAGGUAUCCGGUGUUCGUUCCUGGGAGUUCUGUGGUUAAGCUGCGAUUUGAGGCAACUGAGCUGUUUUAGGGGCAGUAGCAGGUUGAUUCUGAGUUAGAUGGGGAGAUCGUGACUUGGGGAGGGGGGGCUGAGUUGUAGUAACGGAACCGUGGGAAGGACAGCGUCUUGGACCUAUCAACAUCACCAGCAUCCCUUGGGUGCGUGCGUGAGAGAGUGUGUGUAUGUGUGUGAGUGUGUGUAUGUGAGAGAGGGGUCUUUCACGAGCUGUGGAUAACCCAAAAUAAGUGCCGUCACAGGACAAGAACUACAACCGGAUUUCACCGGGGAGAAAGAGAACCCCAGGCACGAGAGAAGGCUUGGCCCCCGGUCCGGCCCCUGUUCCCGGCACCUGCGCUCUCUCAGCCCGCUGUUCUAGUCCUGAACCCCGGUGCGAGUCGGUAGCUCACUUCGCACCGUCGCAAUGAAGGAGCCCGACGCGAUUAAACUCUUCAUCGGACAGAUUCCGCGGAAUCUGGAAGAGAAAGACCUGAAGCCGAUCUUCGAGCAGUUUGGGAAGAUCUACGAGUUGACGGUGAUAAAGGACAAGUACACUGGCAUGCACAAGGGAUGUGCCUUCCUGACAUAUUGUGCCCGGGAGUCAGCCCUCAAGGCCCAGAGUGCACUGCACGAGCAGAAGACCCUGCCAGGGAUGAACCGACCCAUCCAGGUCAAGCCAGCCGACAGUGAGGGCAGAGGAGAGGACAGGAAGUUGUUUGUAGGGAUGCUGGGGAAACAGCAGUCUGAUGAGGACGUCAACAAGAUGUUUGAGCCCUUCGGCACCAUCGACGAGUGCACUGUGCUGAGGGGGCCCGACGGCACCAGCAAAGGCUGUGCGUUUGUGAAGUUCCAGAGCCAUGCAGAAGCUCAGGCUGCCAUCAACAGUCUCCACGGGAGUCGCACUCUUCCAGGUGCGUCCUCUAGUCUGGUGGUGAAGUUUGCAGACACAGAAAAGGAGAGGGGUUUGAGGCGGAUGCAGCAAGUUGCCUCACAGCUUGGUAUCUUCAGUCCAAUGAGUCUCAACUUCGGACCUUACAACGCAUACACACAAGCACAGGUCCAGCAGCAAGCCCUGGUGGCUCAGUCUGCGUACCUGUCGCCUGUAGCGACAGUCGCCGCGGUACAGAUGCAGCAGAUGGCAGCACUGAAUGCCAACGGCAUCAUAGCCACGCCCAUCACCUCCAUCACCUCCUCGUCCGGCACAAACACUCCGCCCACUAUCACAGCCACACCCAUGACAGCUCUGCCUCCAAUCAGUGUCAACGGCUACAGCACUGUGUCUGCACAAGCCAAUGGGCAUGGGCAUCCUGCAUCUGAAACCAUUUACACCAAUGGCGUGCAUUCAUACCAAGCCCAGAGUCCAGCUGCAGCGGGUCUUGACACUCUUCAGCAGGCUUACGCAGGCAUGCAGCAUUACACAGCGGCGUACCCUGCUGCGUAUGGAUUGGUUGGGCAGCCGUUUCCACAGCAACCCACCCUGGUUGCCCAGCAACACCAGCAGCCCCAGCAACAGCAGCAACGAGAAGGUCCUGAAGGCUGUAACAUCUUCAUCUACCAUCUGCCUCAGGAGUUCACAGACUCUGAGAUGCUGCAGAUGUUCCUGCCCUUUGGGAAUGUCAUAUCUGCCAAGGUGUUUGUGGACCGGGCCACCAAUCAGAGCAAGUGCUUCGGCUUUGUGAGCUUUGAUAACCCAGGCAGUGCACAGGCGGCUAUCCAAUCCAUGAAUGGCUUCCAGAUCGGCAUGAAGAGACUCAAAGUGCAACUGAAGCGUCCCAAAGAUGCCAACCGACCAUACUGAGGGACUGACCAUACUGAGCGACUGACCAGAACAGACAUGGAGGUAGAGGCUUGGAAGGUGUUGACUGGGCAGUGAAGACGUCUCCUCAGCCAUGGAGAGUGGAAGCUAUACUACUACGCAAACGUGACACUCAAUAGUUUGGUAUCAUGUACAGCAUUAUAUGUGCACAUACACACACACACACACACACACACACACACACACACGCAUACACACACAUACAAACACAUACACACAUACUGUACACACAGUCGUUCACAUAUACUUACACACUCUCACACACAGCACAAACAUCCAAACAUAACCAAUCUAACAUCCAAACAUCUCAUAAAGAGGGGGCAUAUCUGUGUAGAACAUACUGUAAAUAAUUAAUUAAUUAAUGACAUACCAACACACACACACACACACACACACACACACACAAAUCAUCUAACCUAUUAACUGUGGUGGGCCUAACAAGUCAGAGAUGUGGCAGAUUAUGGACUGAAAAUGAGACCUUAUUUAUGGACCAAUUAUGGGAGAAACACUGGAAGCAGAAGUAGAGUAGAGUCCCACUGGUACUCACUGACUGUGGUGGCGAAACAGGGCCUUUCCUAUACAGUAGAAUAACAACAAAAGACAAAGUAAAAAGAAAAAAAAACAAGUAGAGUAGUGAGGCUUCAGAUAAUGAUUAUCAAGUGUAUAUAAUUUAGUUUGAGGAAUAGAGGCAGAAACAAAACAAAUGCAAAAAGAAACUACUUUACAUGAAACUGAUUAAAUCACACUAUUACACAAUUAUUAUUAUGAUUAUUAGUAUUAUUACUCUUAUCAUUCCUAUUAUCUGCAUCAUCCUUGGGUUUAUGAUUAAAAGUGAUGACAGUAUUAAUAGAUUUUAAAUUUCUACUUUUCCUGAAUGGGGAUGGGGUGGUCUGGGGGACUUUUUGGGGAAGUUUUAAUAUUUAAACUAUUUUUUAUUUAUUGAUUAAUUAAUCAAUUAAUUUUGGUAAAGGACUACUGAGGGUACUUGUGGGAUGCAAUUUUUUGAUUUUGGAAUUUUUUAGAGAAAUCCUUUGAAAGUCUGAAAAGUUCAGACUUUGGAACGGGGUAAUUAUUAUAAUUAUGAACUAUGAUGAUAUUUAUUUCUUAUUUAUUGAUUCCAUUUUUAA